AUGCUGUGCCUGAAGCGGGCUGGUACGCACUCUUUGGCGUACCGGGACGCUGAUCAGGUGAAGCACAGCAGCAGCUAUCAAUACCUGCCACCCAACAUGUCUGAGCUGAGGGUUGUUCUGCUGGGGAACAGCUGGUCUGAGAGGAAAUCAGUGGGGAACUUCAUACUGGGAGAGACUAAGUUCAAUACCGAGGAGGAACCAGACCGCUGUCUGAGAAUCACAAGACAGUUGAAGGAGAAAGAAAUAGUUCUCAUCAACACCCCAGAUCUGCUGCAUCCCAACAUCUCUGAAUACAAACUAACAGAACAUGUGACAAACUGUGUGAGACUCUCUGAUCCUGGACCUCAUGUGUUCCUGCUGGUUCUACAGCCUGAAGACGUCACUGAGAAACAAAAACUGAGGCUCUGCAAAGUCCUGGAACUCUUCAGUGAUCGAUCAUUUGAUCAUUCACUGGUUCUGAUAUCAACAACCAGAGAGGAGAGCUCAGCUUUCAUGGAAAAAUGUAUGCAACACCCGACCUUAACAGACUUGAUCAGAAUGUGUAGAAACAGAUCUUUGAAGCUGAAGAACCUUGAACGUUCUGAGUUGUUAACUUGUUUGGGUCAAAUUGUAAAAGAAAACAAUGGAGAGCAUGUCAGCUGUGAUGUGUUUGAAGAUACAGUAUCUGCUGUAUCUGGUGAUCAUCAAAACUUGAAGCAACAGGAAACAACCACUUCUGACUUGAGUCCUACCAUCAGACCAAUGUGUGAACACAUCAAACCAGCUUUAAACCUGGUUCUGUGUGGGAGGAGAGGAGCAGGGAAGACUUCAGCAGCCAAGGCCUUUUUAGGUCAGACAGAGUUUCAUUCAGUCUCCAACUCAUCAGAGUGUGUUAAAUAUCAGAGAGAGGUGUGUGGACGUUGGGUUUCCCUGGUGGAGCUGCCUGCCUUGUAUGGAAAACCUCAGGAGGCAGUGAUGAAAGAAUCACUCAGGUGUAUCUCCCUCUUUGAUCCUGAGGGCGUCCAUGUCUUCAUCCUGGUCCUACCUGUGGGUCCCCUCACUGAUGAAGACAAGGGAGAGUUAAAGACCAUCCAGAACACAUUCAGCUCUCGAGUCGAUGACUUCACCAUGAUUCUGUUCACUGUGGAGUCAGAUCCUGCAGCUGCAGCUGUUGUUAACUUUGUAAAGGAAAACAAGGACAUCCAGGAGCUCCGUCAGAGCUGUGGAGGAAGAGAUGUUGUUCUCAACAUCAAGGACGAGCAGCAGAUCCCAGAGCUGCUGGACAUGGUGGAAGAAAAUAGCCAGUCUAAAGUUAAUCAAUCCUGCUAUACAGCUGUAACAUUUGCACAUGCACAAAUAGAAAAGCUCAUACAACAAGAGAAACAUAUCAACAGGCAACAAGGUGAACUUGAGAGGCUGAUGAAGAAGAACAUGAUCACUUGUGAUGAGGAGCAGAGCCCAGAGAGUCUCAGGAUUAUGCAGCUAGGAAAGACUGGCUGUGGAAAGAGCUCUACAGGAAACACCAUUCUAGGAAGAAAGGAGUUUAAAGCCAAAUCAAGUCAAACAUCAGUCACCAAACUUUGUCAGAAAGCACAGAGUGAAGUGGACGGUCGUCCGGUCGUUGUGAUCGACACUCCUGGUCUGUUUGACACAACUUUGUCCCAUGAAGAGGUUUAUGAGGAGAUGGUGAAAUGCAUCAGUCUUCUGGCUCCAGGACCACAUGUCUUCCUGUUGGUGUUACAGAUCGGCAGAUUUACACCAGAGGAGAAGGAGACAUUAAAACGCAUCAAGGAAGGCUUUGGGAAGAAUGCUGAAAAGUUCACCAUCAUUCUUUUAACUGGAGGAGAUAAACUAAAGCAGGAUAAAGUUUCCAUUGAAGAAUAUAUUGAACAGGACUGUGAUGAUUCCUUUAAGAAGCUGAUCUCUGACUGUGGAGGAAGAUACCAUGUGUUUAAUAACUAUGAUGAACAAAACCGCACACAAGUCAGUGAGCUGAUAACCAAGAUUGACACCAUGGUGAAGGAAAAUGGAGGCAGCUGCUACACCAAUGAGAUGCUGCAAGAGGCCGAGGCAGCUAUAAAGAAAGAAAUGGAAAGAAUCCUGAAGGAGAAGGAAGAAGAGAUGAAGAGAGAGAGGGAGGAGCUUCAAAGAAAACAUGAGGAGGAAAUGCAAGAGAUGAAAAGAAGAAUGGAAGAACAGAGAGCAGAAACUGAAAAGGAGAAAAAACUGAGAGAAAAACAACUUAAAGAAAAGGAGGAGAAGAUAAAGAAGGAACGUGAGGAGAGAAAGAAAGAACAGGAAAUGAGAGAAGAAGAAGUCAAGAGAAAACAACUGGAAGAAAUUAAACGACAGGAGUGGAAACGAAAGGUUGAACCUUUGCAGAAAAAUGUAAGAUCAGAGUCAGAAUCAAAGGAAACCACUGACAGAAAGCUGAAGGAGAGCAGAGAAGAGAUGAGAAAAGAACAAGAGAAGUUAAAGAAAAAACUAAAUGAAUGGUGGGAAAACCAAUAUCAAGAAGAUGAAAAGAGACGACAAGAGGAACAAACAAGACUUAGAAAGCUUCAAGAAGAAUACGAACAGGAAAGAGAAAAUGAUGAGAAGAAAAGAAAGGAAGAGGACAGAAUCAGAAGAGAACAAGAGGAAAAAGAGAAAAAAAGUGCCCAGAUUUUGUUGGAAAGGAGAGAGUCGAGCAACACUGACACAAUGUCCACACAAAGCACUUCAUCGAGUUCAUCACCAGCAGAAAGCACAAUCAAACAACCCUCUGCGAUUAGAAUUAUGCUGCUGGGGAAGAGUGACAACGAUAAGACAAAACUUGGUAAUUUUAUGCAAAAGGAUCCAGAAUUUCAAGUUCAAAAACAGUCCCAGAAUAAGCAUUGUAUGUCUGGAGAGAGGAGAGGAAAAUCAUUAACAGUAGUGAAAGCUCCAAACAUCUUCAGUCUGUCUGUGGAGACAUUGAGAGAAGAGAUGAGGAAGUGUGAGACUCUUUGUCCUCCUGGACCAAAUGUUCUGCUGCUGUUAGUGAAGCCUUCUGAUUUCACUGAGGAGAACAGACAAACACUGAAGUUCAUCCUGAGUUUGUUUGGUCAAGAUGCUUUUAAACACUCAAUGGUCAUCAUGAAUGACAAAUACUGUGAACAAAAUGGCUCUGUUAAUCAACUCAUUGAAGAAUGUGGAAAAAAGCAACACAGCAUGUUAGAAAAAGAACACACAUUGUUAAUGGAGAAGAUUGAGAAGAUUGUCCAUGAAAACAGAGGAGCCUUCCUCACCUUCACUGAAGAGACCAUCAGACCAAAGUCUGAACACAUCAGACCAGCUUUAAACCUGGUUCUGUGUGGGAGGAGAGGAGCAGGGAAGACUUCAGCAGCCAAGGCCAUUUUAGGUCAGACAGAGUUUCAUUCAGUCUCCAACUCAUCAGAGUGCGUUAAACAUCAGGGAGAGGUGUGUGGACGUUGGGUUUCCCUGGUGGAGCUGCCUGCCUUGUAUGGAAAACCUCAGGAGGCAGUGAUGGAGGAAUCACUCAGGUGUAUCUCCCUCUGUGAUCCUGAGGGCGUCCAUGUCUUCAUCCUGGUCCUACCUGUGGGUCCCCUCACUGAUGAAGACAAGAGAGAGUUAAAGACCAUCCAGAACACAUUCAGCUCUCGAGUCGAUGACUUCACCAUGAUUCUGUUCACUGUGGAGUCAGAUCCUGCAGCUCCAGCUGUUGUUAACUUUGUAAAGGAAAACAAGGACAUCCAGGAGCUCCGUCAGAGCUGUGGAGGAAGAUAUGUUGUUCUCAACAUCAAGGACAAGCAGCAGAUCCCAGAGCUGCUGGACAUGGUGGAAAAGAUGAGACAAUCUGAAAAUAAACCAUCCUGCUAUACAGCUGUAACAUUUGCACAUGCACAAAUGGAAAAAGUCAUACAACUUGAGAGACUGAUGAAGAAGAACAAGAUCAAUUGUGAUGAUGAGGAGCAGAGCCCAGAGAGUCUCAGGAUUAUGCAGCUAGGAAAGACUGGCUGUGGAAAGAGCUCUUCAGGAAACACCAUUCUAGGAAGAGACGAGUUUAAAGCCAAAUCAAGUCAAACAUCAGUCACCAAACAUUGUCAGAAAGCACAGAGUGAAGUGGACGGUCGUCCGGUUGUUGUGGUCGACACUCCUGGUCUGUUUGACAAUAGUUUGACCCAUGAAGAGGUUCAUGAGGAGAUGGUGAAAUGCAUCAGUCUUCUGGCUCCAGGACCACAUGUCUUCCUGUUGGUGUUACAGAUCGGCAGAUUUACACCAGAGGAGAAGGAGACAUUAAAACUCAUCAAGGAAGGCUUUGGGAAGAAUGCUGAAAAGUUCACCAUCAUUCUUUUAACUGGAGGAGAUAAACUAAAGCGUGACAAAGUUUCCAUUGAAGAAUAUAUUGAACAGGACUGUGAUGAUUCCUUUAAGAAGCUGAUCUCUGACUGUGGAGGAAGAUACCAUGUGUUUAAUAACUAUGAUGAAGAAAACCACACACAAGUCAGUGAGCUGAUAACCAAGAUUGACACCAUGGUGAAGGAAAAUGGAGGCAGCUGCUACACCAAUGAGAUGCUGCAAGAGGCCGAGGCAGCUAUAAAGAAAGAAAUGGAGAGAAUCCUGAAGGAGAAGGAAGAAGAGAUGAAGAGAGAGAGGGAGGAGCUUCAAAGAAAACAUGAGGAGGAAAUGGAAGAGAUGGAAAGAAGAAUGAAAGAACAGAGAGCAAAAACUGAAAAGGAGAGAAAACUGAGAGAAAAAGAACUUAAAGAAAAGGAGGAGAAGAUAAAGAAGGAACGUGAGGAGAGAAAGAAAGAACAGGAAAUGAGAGAAGAAAAAGACAUGAAGAGAAAACAACAGGAAGAAAUUAAACGACAGGAGUGGAAACAAAAAACAGAAGCUUUGGAGCAACAAAUAAAGUUAAAAUCAGAGGAAAAGGAAACCAUUGACAGAAAGCUGGAGGAGAGCAGAGAAGAGAUGAGAAAAGAACGAGAGAACUGGGAGAAAACACAAAAUGAAUGGUGGAAAAAACAAAAACAAGAAGACGAACAGAGACGACAAGAGGAAGAAACUAGACUUAGAAAGCUUCAAGAAGAAUAUGAACAGGAAAGAGAAAAUUAUGAAAAGAAAAGAAAGGAAGAGGACAGAAUCAGGAAGGAACAAGAGGAAGAAAGGAACAAAGAACAGAGAAUGAUCAUCGACCUCUGA